AUGUCUCUUGUGACAGCAGAGAUCAAGAGCAAGGCUGAUGAGUUGUACCAUGGAGAUGAAAUCUGCCAAGAAAAGUCACAGAAAUUGCUCACAGAAAUCACCCUGCCCAAUGGCCUCUUGCCCUUGAAAGACUUGGAGGAAUGUGGUUAUGUGAAGGAGACUGGGUUUGUGUGGCUUAAGCAGAAGAAGAGCACAACCCACAAGUUUGAAAAGAUUGGGAAGCUGGUCAGUUAUGCCCCUGAAGUCACAGCCUAUGUUGAGAAAGGCAAGAUCAAGAAGCUCACUGGGGUCAAGACCAAGGAGCUCUUGGUUUGGGUAUCACUCAGUGACAUUUACGUUGAUGACCCACCAACUGGGAAAAUCACUUUCAAGACUCCUUCUGGGCUUUUUAGGACUUUCCCUGUGUCAGCUUUUGAGAAAGAGGAAGCUGCUAAUAAGGAUGUCAAGGGCAAGAAGGAAGUGAAGGAAGAAGCCAAGGGAGCUGUGGAAGUCUAA